UGGAGCUAUGAUUCCAGAACAACUGCAAGACCAGCUUUGACUUUUCACCUGAGCUAUUUGCUGCUGCCACCAUGAGCUGUGGCUCCAAGCAGCCCCUGAAGAGCUGCCUGCGGGGGAGCAGCGGUGGAGGGGGUGGAGGGGGCAGCUCGCACUCCUUGCUCUCCUCCAGGACAGUCACUUCCAGGACAAGUGGUGGGGGGAGGUUUUCUGGCAGCAGUUGUGGAGGAGGAAGCUCCCGGAGCAGCUAUGCUGGGGGAGGAGGUGCUAGCUAUGGGAUGAGCAGCAGCAGCUGUGGAGGAAGGCUGGGUGGUUAUGGAAUGGGCCACUGCAGCAUGGGAACGGGCUUCAGGACAGGAGGGAGCAGCUUUGGGGGAGGCUAUGGAGGAGGCUUUGGUGGAGGUGGUGCUGGUUUCAGUGCUGGCAGUUUUGGCAGUGGUGGCUUUCAAGGAGGGAAUGUGGGAAUUCUCUCCUACGAUGAGAAGCUGACCAUGCAGAGCCUUAAUGAACGCCUGGCUUCCUACUUGGAGACAGUCAGGAAUUUGGAAAAGGAAAAUGCUCAGCUUGAGCAGUUAAUCAGGGAGUGGUACCAGAAGCAAGGUCCUAUUGGCCCAAAGGACUACAGCCACUAUUAUGGACAAAUUGAAGAACUUCAAAAACAGAUUGUGGCUACAGCUGUGGAAACCCACAAGGUACUUUUGGACCUGGAUAAUACAAAGAUGACUGCAGAAGACUUUAGAAUAAAGUAUGAGAUGGAGACUGGGCUCCGGCAGAGCGUGGAGGGCGACCUCAACAGCCUGCGACCCCUGCUGGAUAACCUGACCCUGACCAAGUCCGACCUGGAAAUGCAGUUUGAAUCUCUGAAGGAGGAGAUCAUCGACCUCAAGAAGAACCACGAGGAGGAAAUGAAACUGCUGCAAUCCCAGUCCAAUGGGGAUGUGAAUGUGAAGAUAAAUGCUGCUCCAGGAGAGGAUCUCCUGAAAAAACUGAAUGAGAUGAGGCAAGAAUAUGAAGCUAUCAUUCAGAAAAACCGUGCAGAGGUUGAAAAGUGGUACGAGAGCAAGAUGGAGGAAGUGAGUCAACAAGUCCACUCAAGUAGCCAGGAAAUAGAAUCAAGCAACCAACAGAUCUCUGUGCUGAGACGUGAAUUCCAGAGCCUGGAAAUUGAGCUGCAGUCGCAGAUCAGUCUGGUCGACUCUCUGCAGUCCAACCUGGAGGACACGGAGCGGCGCUAUAACAUGCAGCUGCAGCAGAUCCAGGGCAUGAUCGGGCCCCUGGAGGAGGAGCUGGCCAGCAUCCGCUGCGAGAUGGAGAGCCAGAACGAGGAGUACAAGAUGCUUCUGGGCAUCAAGACCCGCCUGGAGCAGGAGAUCCAGCAGUACCGGGCCCUGCUGGAGGAGGGGCAGCAGGGUGUUAGCACUUCACAGGGAGGAGCUGGUGGUAGUUCUUCAGGAGGAGGAGGUCAUGGAGGAAGUAGUGGAGGAGGAAGCUGUUGGUCCCCAAGAAGCAGUGGAGGAAAAACUGAAGGAUCCUAUGGAAGAACUUCCUCUUCUGAAAGUGGAGGAGGAGGGAGUGGAGGAAGAACAGGAGGUGGAACCUGUGGUAAAACUUCAUCUGGAGGAGGUGGCAGUGGUGGAGGAGGAGGGGGUAAAUCAUCUUCCCAGUCCCAGCCUGGUGACUCUAGUGAAAGCCCAGUUCCAGGAAGUGCUGAAAACAUGAAGCUCUGCCUGGAAGGAAACAAAACAUUGGAGAGAGGAGCAACUAUGGAGGAGGUGUCUGAAGCCAUAAAACAGAUGAGAUGGGGGAGUUUUAGAAAGGCUGAGGAGUGAUCAGCAAGACCAGCAUCUUCCACUGCACCUCCCAGUGAGGCCUUUGGACCAAGCAAGACUCCACUGAGCACAGCUGAACAUCCCCUGCCACGAGCAGGAAUGAACACUCAUCCAACUGACUCAACUCCAGGGGCUCCUCAGAGCUCUCUGGAUGUCCUGUCUGCUUCUUCCAUCUGGGUUUCUGUUCCAAAUCACUGUUACCUGAGUUAAUCUCUACUGUGAUUGGUGUUCCUGUGGAAUAAAUGCUAAUAAAUCUUUGCUUCUCUCUGAUGCAACCAGAAA